UGCUUGGAUGCUUUCCUCUAGAGAGAGGGAAGAAAACCAAAGACAUUAAGCUCCUCCUUGAAAGUGCUGUCAUAGGAAAACAAAGAUUACUUGAUCUUACUGUUACGUUCAGGCAAAAUGAAGGUAAUUAAGAAAACCUCGUCCCCCAAGAGUGUGUUGCAAAUAAGAGACAGGGUUCUUGUUCCCUUGCCAACUCAUCUCUUGAGAUACAGAAACACCUUUCAUGUUUCAUAGAAUCAUAAAAUCAUAGAGUCAUAGAAUGGUUUGUGUUGGAAGGGACCUUAAACACCACCUAGUUCCAACUCCCCUGCCAUGUGCAGGGACACCUUCCAGUGGAUCAGGUUGCUCAAAGCCUUAUCCAACUUGGCCAUGAGCACUUCCAGGGAUGGGGCAUCCACAUCUUCUCUGGGCAAUCUGUUUUCUCUGGUCAAACUAAAACCUGGCCAACAGCCGACUUCACUUAAGAGCAGAAAAUAAACUUGCCUCUUCUCUGAGCUGACAACACUGCAAACCAGGGUGAGCACAUAUUGAACAAAAAGCCAGAGAGAUCAGAGAGCACCAGCAAAACUCUACCAAAACAAACUGUGGCAAAUUACCUCCAAAAAGAGGCAAAUAGGCCCUCAUGUGAGGGAGUAUCAGUCUCAGAGCAGUGACCUUGUCAGUCAGGGUUAGGUUAGGCUCAGCUGUAACCACAGCUUCUGAGGCUUUGGACAGACUUGGUUUGUAGAUAGACUCACCAGGUAAGCUGAGCCUCUGCGUCACACCACAGUGAAAAGGAAUGCACAGGGAUAUCGACAUUGCCACCAUCAUCCUCUGGAUUACUUGACCAUGUGAUAACCUGGAGCUAUUUCUGCAGCUAGACUGAUGUCCAAGCUUCUUUACUCCCUUUUUCUCUCCACUAAUAAAAUAGCUGGUGUCGACAAUUCUUUCCAGAGAGAUUUCCUGGGCUCUUCACAUAAAGUGGUGUUCGAGGAAUCAGGUCAUGGCAUAAAAUAGAGUCCACAGAGUAAACCACCAGGUUUAUGGAGCUGUGGAAGCUUUAAUGCUCAGAUAUGCUGCAUUUUUAGAGUUUGGACUAUGUGGUCUGUGUGAGCAGCCAGCGUAUGAUAUCAGCGAUUUCAGGAGUUGCCCAGCCAGAGUUUUUGAGUCAGAGCCUCUGAACAAUGUUUCUUACCUCACUCAAGGUUUUUAAAUGAUUCAACUUAGUGAAUCAUUUGCUCUCGAGCAAAUUAAUAAUUUCUCUCAUCAGGGGUCCAAGGAUGUCUUGUCUUUCUAUCCUGACUGAAAAUUAAUGCUGACCUAUCCAAGAUGAUAAGUAAUUUGAGUCAGACAGGAAUCUGAACUCUCACAACAGAGCUGCAAAAGAACAUCAACACGCAAAUCCAACAUAAGCAGAAGAUUCAGCAAAGUAGCUUGCAGAUGCAUUUCCAAGUGGUCAUGAUUCAGAGUCAUUUAACUUCAGUUUCUCCUUCUUCUUCAGCCCAUGUUGAAAGAAGUGUGUUCCUCGUGCCUACAGCCUGUCUACCCCAUGGAGCGUGUGGUCACUGACAAAGUCUGUGUGCACCGCUCAUGUUUCUGCUGCCAGGUCUGCGGGAGGAAGCUGAGCUUGCAAAACUAUGCUGCCCUCCAUGGGGUGUUUUACUGCCAAGUCCACUACAAGCAGAUGGCUGGAGCUAAAAACAGAAAUGAGAUGGAAAGGCUGCAGCACCAGCUAGGAGAGCAUCAGGUCCAGCGAGUGGCAAUGGUAGGCAGAGGACCACAGCCCCAGGACUGGUAUAAUAGGGCCGAAAAGACUGAAACAAGAGAGAAACCCGCAUCCUUCAAUGCACGGUUCAGCUUGCGGCUGGCUGAGCACAGGCAAGAGCUGAACAGCAGGUCUGUCCUCUUGGGGAACAAGCUCGUAAGGGGCUGGCCACCUUCAGGAACAGCCUUGUUGACUGUAGAUGGAAAAGCUGGAAAGGGAGCCUGUUCCUGGGAAAAGCCCACACUGAGCUUGCAAACCUACCAGGCUGAAGGCAGCAGGACCAUGCUCAGGGGUCAGGAGGGAAAAUCAGUGGUGCAGGCAGCAGUGGGGAAGGGAAGUUUCUUACCUGGCGUCACCUCUAUCAAGGAAAGAGAGCAAGCAUGUUCCUGGCCCAAGACAAGAGAACAGAGAGACAGUGAAAAGACUGGGGACAGGGGUGUGCCCGAAGGGAAGAGAUGGGGUAAGGUGUCCCAGAGAGUGGCUGCAAUCCAGCAGGGCAAAGACCAUUUGAAGAGAGGACCUGCCUCUUCUUCCUCCCCUCUAGUCCUGGAGCCUGUGAAACCCCUUCCUCGUAGCUCACUUGUCCACCACACCACACAUCAAAGCACUAAACCCACCAACUGGAGGUACCUAGGGGGCACAGGGGGCUGUAUUCUUUCUGCUGCAGAGCUCCCAGUGAAGGAAAAUGAGGUCUGUGGAUCUCUAAGCACACCGAACAAAGGAAGCACAAUGCCUGCAAUGACAGAUGACAAGCCUGAACUGACCACAGCCACCCCAGCUAUGGCAGAAGACAAACAUCACCUUGGAGAGAGAAUGAGCAGCCCACAGACCAUCUGUGUACCAGGAGAGCCCGAAAGCAGAAAUACCGCAAGUAUUGAGCUAGAAUGCAGAGAUGAGGGUGUUGAUUCCCUUGAAAAUGAAGUUGAAGAAGCCCAUUGUCUCGCUGGUGUGUCAAGGUAUCCUUAUGUAUCUUCUGGGUCCCUGGAGCCAGGAGGGCUGAGUGUAUCACCUGAGAUCGCUGAGCUGGUGAAUGAGAAAUCAAAGGCAAACACUGACAAGUUUCCCGGGAAACAGAUACCAGUAACGUUACAGGAGAAUAUGCAGCCAUCCAGCAUAAGUCAUUUGCCUGGAAUUGAGAGCAAAGGGGCAGAAUUUGAAAAGACAAAAGAAGUGAAACCAGUAAGUACAUCAGGGUUUCUGGAAGAGCCUGUUCCCGAACAUACGUCUCAGGAAAACAAAGCAGAAAAGAGCAGAGUCGCUUCACCCGGUUUGCCAGGUAAGACAAAUGACCACAGUGAGUCCUGUCUACAAGAAACAGAACCUCAGGGCACACGUGGCCCACUGAUAACUAACCCUCCUGAGGAUAUUUUGAGACAUGAUAUAAAAUCACCUGGCAAGGAUUUUCCAGUAUCAGCAGACACACCUCUGAAAGGAACCUGUGCCACUUGGCCCUCAGGUGAUGAAGUCAACAACUCCAAGUCAAAGGAUCCCAGAGAAGUUCUUGAUGGAAACAUCCUUGGCAUUUCUGAGCAACCAGCCAAGCCAUUAGACUCUUCCAAACCAAAUAUAUCCUUGGACAAAUCCAGAGGUCAUCCCGUGGGUGAAGAAAAAAUGGAUCUGAAGCUCCCAGGGGAAAGCAUUAUGCAUACGUCAAGGCCUGGUGCCCAGAGCAAAGACACCAGAAGCAGCCAAACCUGCAGAGAUAUGUUAGGUAAACGUUUCGAGCUUGGGAAAAAACCCUUCACUACGCUUUUUCGUUCUGAAGACAAAGGCAGCACUUCCAAGAAGGAAACAACAACCCACAGGAAACCCACUAAGCCCCAGUCAGCCCUUGUCACUUUGUUUGGUUACUCCUCUGAGAAGAAGCAGAGUCAACAAGAAAAGCCUGCAAGAUCCUCCAAACAAACAAAUAUUGACAACAGGCCAGAAAAGCCCCAGGGCCCCCUCAUCUCCUCCAGCCAAGCAAAACAAAAGGCCUCCAAGAAUGAUCAACCACUACAGCCAGGAAAGAAGGAGGAGGUCUUCCCUAAACAUAUCCAGGAGAACUCUGGAGGCUUCUCGGAUUCUACUGAGGGCAAGGAGACCAACGUUCUGUUGUUAGCUCCUGGCACAAGCAUUUCAUACAAUGAUAGACAUGAGAGAAAUGAAUUUGACAUUCAUGACCAACUGGCUUUAAAUAGUGAGGUUCAGCAGCAACAGGACAGCUGUUGGCUCUCUCUUAUGCCAGCACAGGAAAAGCAGAAGGAAGCUGCAGUGACCUCGGAAGGUGGAACAAAUCCUCUACCUUCUCUUCCAGAGCUUAUGCCUGCAGCUGAUAACAGCAAAAAUCUCAUCAGGGAAGGAAAUAAUUUUGAUGCUCAUCUACUAGAAAUUCAGAACCUAUCGAGUUUGGAUGUCCAGGACACAGUGAUAGAGGAUGGGAUAUUUUUUUCACCAGGCGAUUCAGAGAGCUUACCCAAGGACACUGAGUUUCAGUUAGACAACCUGGAUUUUCUGGAGGAAAAUAACUUGUCCUUUUCUGGUGAUAAUGAUUUUCCCAGCACAGCAAGUAAAACCCCAAAUUCAGACUUGCAAAAUUCAGAGGCAGAAACUCCACCUUACUUUGAUUCAAAUCCUUCAGCAUUAUGCCAGGAAAUCCCAGCAGAAACAAAUGCCCCACUAGUGCUGUGGGACACCUCCAGUCUCUCACUUCUUGCCGGACAGGAUGAGAUUAAUAUUAGAGACCCAGAAGGGAUUCAGAGCUAUGCACCACUGCAGCAGUUGGGUCCACAGACUCCAAAGGCUGCAGAAGAUAUAUUUGGAUUGGGUCUCAGUGCUGAAGGCUCAACAAACAAGCCUCUCUCUAUGCAGGAAGACAAUUUUCCUCCAAUGUACAUGUUCACCAGCCAUGCUUCUGAAACCUUUAAUCAGGGUGCCUUGGAUCCUUUCAAUGUUGAUUCAACCAAAAUGGACCAGGAGGCUCCUGAAAAAAUGAACAGGAGGAGAAAAACAUCAGGAGUUGAAGAAGAUUAUGAAAGUCUCUCUUCUGCAGACCUGAAUGUGUUAAAUGAUGGCCUUUUAGACCAGGAGUUCUUUAUAUAAUUGAAAAAGAUAAGAUUGAUGAAAGCACCCACUCUGUAGCACAAGUUAGCUGAUAUGUGACAGAAACUGAUUAAUGAAAGCAGUUUAGAAAUCCCCCACUCCUCUGGCAUUCAGUUGUGGAUAGGCUGAUUUAUUAAUGGCUUAAGGAGCUAAAUUUAAGGUCUUUACCUUGGUCAUAGUGGGUCAGUACCCAGUUCCUGAAAAAGAACAUUGGUAGAACUGGCUUCACUGUGAGGAACCUCAAAGGAGAGACCAAGCAGCGCCCAAUUCUCUGCACCCAGGGAUCUUCUGAAGAGGGGAUGUUCUACACAAUCUACUGCAGAGGUCCCUCAGAGGAUGUCUGCAUGGCAGAGGGGAGACAGACCUCCAAAGAGGCCCAACCAGCAAGCAGCCACGAGUAACAAGCUAAUCAAGAACUAGAAAGUCAAAUGAAAAUACCAUUAUUAGGAAGGAACCAGAUCCUUGGCCACAAGUGCACAAGUAAAAAGCAAUUGGGCAAAGGCAAAACUGAGGCAGGCAGGGUGAAGACUUGUCUCUAAAUUAGGUUUAGGUGUCUGAAAAAUUAGUGUUUCAAUGUAAACCAGAUGCUUAAGCCCACAUCAGAAUCAGCAGAGGAUUCGUAAGUACAGUCUGGGGAGUGAUUCAGCCCAUGCUAAAACAGACAACUGCAUUCAAAAAGCUAACAGCUCUCUGGACUCUAUUACUAGUGUGAGUCUAUCUCCGCUAACUACAGUACAACCUUAGGUAUCUAUUUCACAUCUAGACAAUAACAUUUAGACAUCCAGAGAUGAAUCCAACCCAAAACUUCAUGCACCUUUUCACCAUAUGUCUUGCCUACACUUAAUAAUAAUGGCAUCUCACUCCCUUCAUAUUUUUCCUUCAGCAGACUGCAAAAUUUCUUCACAUAGGAGGUCACCUUCAUUAGCCACAUUGUAAGAUGAUGAGCAAAGAUAAGUGAAAUGACCUUGCCAAAAUCAUGCGGUCAGAAGGAAACCCAGGUUUCUUGAAGUCUUGGGGCAUAGGGUCAUUGCUGCAUCCACUCUCCCUGUGUAGUCGCACUCUGACCCUCCCCGUCUGCCCUUUGAGGCUGUAACAUAAAUGUUAUAGGAGUUAACAAUUAUACUAAUGAUAAGCAAGCUCACCAGAAACCUCAGAGGGCCAAAGCAAGAACACGUGUAUUAUGAAAAAGAUCUUGGAGUGUAUCACUUCACCUAUUUUACAUCAGCUGUCUGCAAAAUAAAAGGGAUGAAGAUGUUAAAAUAAUUAAUUUUUACAAUAAAAUUUUUACAAAGCCAACCUCAGUGCCUCCCCACUGACGAAAUAACCCUGACUCUGUCAGAUCUGCUGGAGGGAUAAAGCUGCUUAAUGACUGCAUCUGCUGCAAAGCAGUGUGUCGGUUCAGGGACACAGUUCAAUCAAUGUGAAUCAGGGAAAAAAGAGAUGUCCUUGAAAGUUACAUGACUUACUAGAUGCUGAAGUCGGUCUCACCUUGGGAUGGGGCAAGAGAUUUGGGACAGGUCAGAGGGCUCGCAGCCCUGCCUGAAACCUGGUCAAGCUGUGUUUAGAGAUGGAGAAAUGAGACCUAAAAGCUGGCAGGGAUCAAACACCUUUGACUGAAGCAGUGGGAAGGGGGUGGCCUGAUACCUGUACCAAAGAUGCUGUGAGUAACACCCCAGACCAAGUUGUCACUAGCACGGGACACCCAUAAACCUGACCUCUUCAUUCCAACACUAAGAGGAAGAGUGAAAAUGCAGGAGCACCACAGCUGGUGGGUACGAAUCCAUUCUGGCUGCAUUUCGCCCCAACAUAUAGGUGUCCAAAUGGGUCUCCAAGCACAGUCACUCCUGAUGUUCAGAGCUGCGUAAGAGAAAAGCUGAGCCUAUGAUUUAGUGCAUCAGCACCCUACUGUCUGCACCAGCCUUCCUCCCCAGGCAAUGGUUUCUUUUUCUGAACUGCUCUCUUGGAUGCUCCCUCUCCCUUCCCCUAGGCCUUGACACUCGGACGCACAGGCUUUCCAGCUGUCCAUCUCAGGUCUUCCCAGAGAACUGCUGAUUUCUCAUGCCCUCUCAUAGGGGCUUUUCCAUUUUCAAGAGGCUUUGCAAUCAUUAGUGAGCCACCUGGCAAAAAUUGUCAGACAGAGAGAGAGAAGCACAGAAA